AUGCACAAUGACUUCGUGUUACAGGAUGCGGUGGUUAGGCCACUUGCAGAGUUGGAUUUUGAGGCCUUGCAGAACAUUCUACCCGAGCUUCCUUUAUGGGUGAAAUGCCCGGACUAUGAACGAGUGGACUGGUUGAACAAGUUUCUCUUGGACAUGUGGCCUUACCUUGAUAAGGCCAUUUGUUCUAUAAUUAGAACCACUGCACAACCUAUCUUCAAGGAGUAUAUUGGGAAGUAUGGCAUUGAAGCCAUUGAGUUUGAGCAUCUGACACUUGGAACUCUUCCUCCCACACUUCAUGGUCUCAAAGUGUUCGACACAAAUCAAAAUGAUUUAGUCCUGGAACCAGCAGUUAGGUGGCCUGGCAAUCCCAACAUAACUUUGGUGUUGAAAUUGAAGUCAUUAGCCGUUACUGUUCAGUUGCUUGAUCUGCAAGUGUUUGCAGCACCAAGGAUAUCAUUGAAGCCUCUGGUACCUACAUUCCCAUGUUUUGCAAACAUUGUGGUUUCCUUGAUGGAAAGACCUCAUGUAGACUUUGGGCUGAGGAUUCUUGGAGGGGAUGUCAUGUCCAUACCCGGUCUUUAUAGAUUUGUUCAGGAAACCAUAAAAAAGCAGGUGGCAAGCAUGUACCUUUGGCCCCAGACGCUUGAAAUACCCGUCCUUGAUCCUUCAACAGUGGUUGUGAAGAAGCCAGUAGGGCUGCUGCAUGUGAAGGUCGUGCGGGCGAUGAAACUGAUGAAGGCUGAUAUCAUAGGAACCUCCGAUCCCUAUGUGAAGCUCAGUUUGAGCGGAGAGGAUCUACCUACAGUUAAAAAGACCUCAAUCAAGAAGCACAAUCUGAAUCGAGUAUGGAAUGAGAACUUCAGGCUUAUUGUUAAGGACCCCGGUUCUCAACUUCUUCAACUUCACGUGUAUGGUUGGGAUAAGGUUGGUGGCCAUGACACAUUGGGGAUGCAAGUUGUACCCUUGAAAACACUCACUCCACAAGAGACAAAGCAACUAACUCUGGACUUGCUCAAGAGCACCGACGCAUCUGAUCCUCGCGACAAGAAGCAACGAGGCAGAAUCAUGGUGGAGCUGACCCUCGUGCCUUUCAAGGAAGACAGUUCCAUCUCAGGCCGCUUGGAUCAAAUAAAUGGCAGCAGCGAUGACGAUCCAUUCAAUGGAUCAGGUUUGCUUUCAGUGACAGUACAAUCAGCAGAGGAUGUAGAUGGAGAGAGCCAUAACAACCCUUAUGCUACCCUGCUCUUCAGGGGAGAAAGAAAAAGAACCAAGGUUAUGCAACGUUUUUUAAGCACAUCCCACCACUUAAGAACACUAAAGCAAUUACAUCCUGAUGCUGUUUGUGUGACAUUAUUGUUGUUGGUUCUGUUGCAGAUGAUCAGGAAAACCCGCGAUCCACGUUGGAACGAGGAGUUCCAGUUCAUGAUCGACAGUACAUCAAUUUUCUGUAACUUGAUGGAGUGGAUAUAA